AUGAAAGCAGUGUUGUUGUUGCUGAUAGCGCUGAAGCUUGUGUCUGCGUAUAAUUUCGAUGACUGGUUUGGUGGAAAGGACAGACCCUCUUCUGGGAACUGGGGUCAAUCCGAGCCAACGCAUAAGUGUGAGACGGACCCCGGGGCGUGCCAGUGCUGCCUCACGAUGCAGAGAGUGGAUGACGUCCGAAGCCGCCUCGUCAGAAAACUGGACGAGUUGGAGACAGAGCUCAACCAAACCAAUCAAACCUACAUGGAGCUGACGACGCGGCGCUCUGCUUUCACCGCUGCAUUAUUUGACAACAAGAACAACCUCAACUGCCUGGGCCGCUUCUCAGACACGAGAACCAUCAUGUAUAAGAAAGUCUUCACUAACCUGGGGGGCAAUUACAGCCCCGCCACUGGCAUCUACACUGCUCCCUACAAUGGGGUCUACAGCUUCUCCGUGUCUGUUUUUCAUGAUGCGGGACAAGGGUCCGAUGAGCAGUCCUGUGUGCUUCUCUAUGUGAAUGGGGCCAUGUUGGCGGGUUCUAAUGACAUCCACACCUUUGACCAUGAAGACAGCACUACAGUGUCCAUCACGAUCCAUCUGAACACAGGUGACCAGGUGAAGGUGCAACUCCAAGCUGGCUGCCUACUCUGCAUGAUAAAGGACCACUACAAUGUAUUCAGUGGCUUCCUGCUUUAUGCCGAUUAGUGAGAAGUGAAAUGUUAAAUUCCUGUUUCUUAUUCCUAACCCCAAAAUGAUUGAAGAAUAGCUCCAAACCAGAUGA